AUGUCUUAUCUUCCAUCUUUCAUUCUAAGUGACGAAUCAAAGGAACGUCUAACCAAAUUCUUCAACUUAACUCACACAGCUGCCCACUACGGUUGGAUUCCAUUUGUACUAUAUCUAGGUUGGACUCAAACUGCAAAUAAGCCAAAUCUAUUGAAUUUGCUAUCUCCUUUGCCAAGUGUAUAA